AUGGUUUUAUUUAGUAUAGCCAUUGAGAUUGGUGAAUUAGUAUCAUAUUUAACAGUGUUGUCAAAUGCAACUAGUUUACUCGUUGUUGUUAUUGUAUUUUCUGCUUUCGAAAUUAUUUUUCACGUAAUUAGUAUAAUCGGCCUCUGCGGUGAAGAAAACGAAUAUUGUGAAGAAUUCGCAAAAAACCGUUGUGCAUUACCAGCACGCGUAGUCUUAUAUGGUUUAUUAUUUGAAACACAGAUACUCUUCUUAUUUCUUGAUACUAAUUUACCAUUUCGUGGAACUUGCUAUGAACUUUUAAUUAUAUUCUCAACACUUUUCGAUUUAUCGAGUAUAGAUAAAUUAGCCAAACAAUGUUGUCGUAUGACUGAAAAUAAUAACGAAAAUAAUUUGCUUACACUAUGA